AUGGAGGCAUUGGAGUGGAGAGAAGUACCUGAAUUUCGAGACGAAGAUUCCGACGGAGAAGAUCGACGAGAAAGAGCUGAUUACAACAUGGAGAAAGCGCUGUUGGAGUUUGAGGAUGAAGAUCCUGUUCUUCACAACAUGUAUCCUGAAACCGAUGAUGAGGAAACUGGAACUCAAUGCACAAUGUCUGUUCCCAAGCCAGGUGAUGGUCGCAGAGGUGGUAGUCAAAGUGGUGAAUUUGAUAGAGGCGUUGGGAAUGUGUUUGAAGGGAAAGUGUUCUUUAAUGGAGUGGCGUUUAAAGAAGCUGUGCUUGAUUAUGCACUCAAAACCGGUCGAAACAUCAGGCAGUGGAGGUAUGAUAAAACUAAACUCAGUUAUGUAUGCCGAGGUAAAUCUGAAAAUGGUGAUAGUUGUGCUUGGAGGAUCUAUUGUUCGACUUCGGAGAAGAAGAUCAAGUGGCAGGUUAAGACGUUUAAACAAGCUCAUAGCUGUAUUCCUAAUGGUGUUUGCGAGAUGUUAAAGGGUCCUGUGAUUGCUCAUCUCUUUCUUGACAAAAUCCGAGAAGAACCAGAGUAUUAUAUGCCAAUGAAGAUUGAAGAGAUGAUAUUGGACAAAUGGGGGAUUAAAGUGACAAGGAAUCAGUGUCAAUCGGCUAGGAACAAAGCUCUGAGAUGGAUCCAGAGAGAAUAUGAUGAGCAGUUUGCUAAGCUUCGUGACUAUUGCCGUGAGAUACUAGAUGCGAAUAAAGGAUCUACUGUGGCGCUUGAGUGCAUUAGAAACGAGCAAGGUGAAGAUGUCUUCGACAGAUUCUAUGUCUGUUUUGAUGUUAUCAGAAAAUCAUGGAAAGAGACUUGUAGACCGAUUAUUGGACUUGAUGGAUGCCACUUGAGACACAAGAUGAAGGGUCAGUUACUGGUUGUUAUGGGUCGAGAUGUGGAUAAUGCUAUUUAUCCAAUAGCAUGGGCGGUUGUACAAGCUGAAACCAAGGAUAAUUGGCUGUGGUUUGUGAGGAAACUCAAAGCUGAUUUCGAUUUGCAAGAUGGAGAUGGGUACAUAAUGAUGUCAGAUAGACAUAGAGGACUCAUAGCUGCUGUUGAUCUAGAGCUCCCUCAGAUUGAGCAUCGGAAAUGUGUUAGGCAUAUCUAUGCUAACAUGAGAGCAUUGCAUGGUAAGAACCCUGAAAUGAAGAAGUUGAUAUGGCGUUUAGCAUGGAGCUACAACAACACCGAAUAUGAAGAGAACUUGGACAAAAUCUUCUGCUUUGACUCAGCUGUACAUGCAAAUCUGAUGAAGACAAAGCCGAAAACUUGGUGUAGAGCCUACCACAAGAUAGGUAAUUUCUGUGAAGAUGUGGAGAACAAUUCUACAGAGUCAUGGAAUGGUUCAAUUGUCAAAGCGAGAGACAAACCACUGGUUCCAAUGCUGGAGACAAUCGCAAGGAUGGCAAUGGUACGUAUUGCAAGGAGGGGUUACAAAGCAAUGGAUUGGCAAAGUGUUUGCACCCCGUAUGUGAUCGACUAUCUCGCUCUAGAGCAUAAAAAAGCUAGGCUUUGUCAGGUCUACAUAUCCACAAAUUCGACAUUUGAAGUUAAACUCAGUGGCUGUUCAUACCGUGUGAGUUUGAUAGAUAGAACUUGCACUUGUCGAAGAUGGGAGAUCACAGGUAUUCCUUGUGAGCAUGCUUUUGCGGUCAUCAUCAACAAGAAGUUGGAGGCUGAAGAUUAUGUCUGUCACUGGUUUAGGACAGCUCUGUGGAGAAGGACUUACCAAGAAGGUCUAGUACCAAUGAGAGGUGCAAGGUUUUGGCCUGUAGGACAAGAACCACCGGUGCAUCAACCUCCAAGACCGGAAUCGCCUCCCAGGAAGAAAGGAGAAACCCAUAAAGUUAGUAAGAAGGAUAAGGAAAGGAAGAAAGGCAAAAAUGAAUCUCUAGUGAAGAAAGCACCAAAAAUCUUGAAGAGAGUUAUGCAUUGUGGGAUUUGUGGUGCAGCUAACCAUAAUUCAAGGUUUCAUGACAAGAAAAAGAAAAAGGGAUUUGAAGGAGAGUCUUCUUGGGAUGAAUCUUCUCAGGUGCAGACUUCUCAAGGGAAUCUCACACCGUUUGAGUCUUCUCAAGGGACUCUAACUCAGCUUGGUGAUUGA